AAAAGUCAAUAAGCACGGACGGAAAAUUGUUAUUUGUUCCCUUAUUAUAGUUUACAAAAACAAAUAGGCUACAUCGGUUAUUUUCUCUACCCCUGCUCGGCGCUGUGGAGUAGUUUACACAAAUCCCUUUUACUCUGUUCACAAUGAAACCCCACAGAGUGCUCAACUCUCGAAUACUCAAACACUACACACUCAAACCCAUCAUCUUCACGGACCAAUCUGACAAUUAUGCACUUUUCUCUUCAGUUCCUCACUCAAAUACCACUCUUCUAACCCAAUCCGUGGCUCCAAGCAACCCUUCAAUUCCUCAGACACUAACCCACCAUUCUCUCCUGAACUUAAUCCACUCUUCUCAGUGGCAUUUAAUCAAACACCUUUCACCAAAACUCUCUCCCUCUUUAACCUCUGAUACCCUCUUCAGUCUCCAUCAAACCCCAGAACUUGUUAUUCAGUUCGUUAAUCAUGUUGAGCUUAAUACCCUCGAUGUCAAAAAUCUUUGCCUUGCCAUCGCGAUUCUUGCCCGAAUUCCUUCCCCGAAAUUCGCUUUACAUAUUAUAAAGCAAGUUGUUAAUGGCGGCAUUGCAACAACCAAGGAGAUUUUCGACGAGGUGGGACAUGCGCGAGAGCAGUUGAGUAUAGAAAGUACCAAUGUUUUUGAUUUGUUGAUAAGGGCUUGUUGUGAAAUGAAGAGGGCUAAAGAGGCUUUUGAAUGCUUUUACUUUAUGAAGGAAAGGGGUGUUAUUCCUAAGACUGAGACUUGUAAUAGUAUCUUAAGUUUGUUAUUGAAAUUGAAUAUGCUAGAGAUGGCAUGGGUUAUAUAUGCGGAGAUGUUUAGGUUGAAGAUCAAGUCAAGUGUUUAUACGUUUAACAUAAUGAUUAAUGUGUUAUGUAAAGAAGGAAAGUUGAAGAAAGCAAAGGAGCUCAUUGGGUUUAUGGAGAAUUUGGGGAUUAAUCCCAAUGUUGUUACAUACAAUACUUUAAUUCAUGGGUAUUGUUCAAGAAGGAGAGUUGAAGGAGGUCGUUUGAUCUUGAAUGCAAUGAAAGGUAAAGGUAUUAUGCCGGAUUCGUAUACUUAUGGUUCACUGAUCAGUGGCUUGUGCAAGGAAAGAAGACUGGAAGAAGCAUCUGGGCUUUUUGAUAAAAUGAUGGAAAUUGGGUUGGUACCUACUGCUGUGACUUAUAACACCUUGAUUGAUGGUUACUGCAAUAAAGGUGAUUUGGAGAAGGCUUUCAGUUAUAGGGAUGAAAUGGUGAAUAAGGGUAUAAAACCAACUGUGUCUACUUACAAUUUGUUGAUUCAUGCUUUGUUUAUAGAUGGUAAGAUUACAGAAGCUGAUGACCUGAUUAAAGAAGUGAGGGAAAAAGGGCUAGUUCCUGAUGCCAUUACAUAUAAUAUCUUAAUUAACGGAAGUUGCAAAUGUGGGAAUGCGAAUAAGGCUUUUAGUCUUCUAGAUGAGAUGUUGAGUAAGGGGAUUGAGCCUACAAGGGUGACAUACACAUCACUUAUUUAUGUUUUGAGCAAACGGAAAAGAAUGAAGGAGGCAGAUGACUUGUUUAAAAAGAUGCUGAGUAAUGGUGUUUUGCCUGAUCUUGUGCUGUUCAAUGCCUUGAUUGAUGGUCACUGUGCUAAUGGCAAAAUGGACCGUGCUUUCACGCUUUUGAAGGAGAUGGAUAAAAUGCAGAUUCCUCCUGAUGAAGUGACGUACAAUACUCUCAUGCAAGGGCGUUGCAGACAGGGAAAAGUUGAAGAAGCUCGUGAACUUGUGAAUGAGAUGAAGGGAAGAGGGAUUAAGCCUGAUUUCAUUAGUUAUAAUACCCUUAUUAGUGGUUAUAGUAAGAGAGGUGAUAUGAAAGAUGCUUUUAAAGUACGGGAUGAAAUGUUGAGUAAAGGUUUCAAUCCUACUCUUCUCACAUAUAAUGCCCUUAUACAAGGCCUUUGCAAAAACCAGGAAGGUGUUCUAGCUGAAGAACUCCUUAAGGAAAUGACAAACAAGGGGAUCAAACCUGAUGACAACACCUAUUACUCCCUAAUCGAGGCCAUAGGGAAGGAUGGCAACUUCGUAGAUGGCUGUAAGUUCACUUUUUCUUGUGGAGUUGGCUCAAACACCACAAGCGCACUUCGUACAUCUGCUUUUGUAGCUAGGUUGCUGGUUUAUGAACAUGGGGUUGAUGCUAUGGCUUCCACAGUUUGUUCCUGCUGGUUGUGUUGUGCAUUUGGUCGAAGGUAGCGGGGAUGACAUGCUUGGAGCCGUUGUUUGUGCCUCCGGGGAGGCGGAUUUGAGAGCAAGAGCGCUGGCUAACUUGCAAUUUAGUUGGAUACUUGCUGGAAUUCUGAUAUUUACAGGAUGCAUAUCUCUAAAAAUGGCUGCAAAAUAUAGACCAAGAGACUUCCCUGUGGAGUAUGAGCAGCUUCAGAGUAAGGGGCCGGAUAUUCAUAUUCCCAUGAAUAGCCUCGGUCAAGCUGACCUAUGUAUGGUUUCAGUAUCUUCAAGGACACUUGAAUCAUAAGGAUUCAAGUGCAUGUAUGGCAGUUAUAUUAGGAUCUAUAAUU